AUGACUACCGCCAGUGCUGGACAGACAGAAGAUGCGCCAGCUGCGCAGAAUAGAGGCACCGAGCAGAUGCUCGCCCCGACGCAUUGGGAGAACAACCCAGCCGAUGCCGAUGCCGACAACUCAGACACCGACUCAUCGUUAGGCGACGACAGUGCCAGUUCCACCGCGUCCAUCAACUCGAGCAUUCUCGACUACCGAACCAUUAACGGCCGAACAUACCAUGCCGAGCGAGGCGAUGCUCAGUACUGGGCGUCCAACGACAACCAGGCCUCUGAGGCUCUCGAUAUCAUCCACCAUACUUCCUGUUUGAUCAUGGAUGGCAAGCUUAACUUUGCCCCAGUCGAGGCGCCCAAGAAGGUGCUCGACAUUGGUACCGGUACCGGAAUAUGGGCUAUGGACUUUGGUGACGAGUUUCCCGAGGCCGAAGUUACCGGAACAGAUAUUUCUCCCAUCCAGCCGGGCUGGGUUCCCCCGAACGUCAAGUUCGAGAUUGAAGACUUCACUGUCGACUGGACCUUUCCCAAUGACUCGGCCGAUUUCGUCCAUAUGCGCUUCCUCUACGGCAGCGUCCCCGACUGGUAUGCCUUGUAUCAGCGCGCAUUCCAAGCGACCAAGCCCGGCGGCUGGAUCGAGUCUCACGAGGGCGACCCCAUGGGCCUUAGCGACGACGAUAGUGUCAAGCCUGGCAGUGCCAUUGCCGAGUGGGGCAAGUUCUUCCACGAGGGCGGCAAGAAACUCGGUCGCGUCUUCUCGCCUCUCCCUGAUAACCUCCAAGAGAAGGGCAUGAAGGCCGCUGGUUUCGUAGACAUCCAGUCCAAGACCAUCAAGGUCCCUGUGGGAGACUGGCCCAAGGAGGAGCGUCUCAAGGAGAUCGGCCGAUUCACCACACUGAGUAUUCUGUCUGAUGUGGAGGGACACAUUUCCUUCAUGGCUACUCUGCUCGAGGGCUGGACGCAGGAGCAGGUUGUGCUCUACUGCGCGCAGUUAAGAAAGGAGCUCAAGUCCAAGAAGCAAGCGCAUGCUUAUUACCUCCAGCGAAUCGUCUGGGGACGCAAGCCUGCUGAGGGAGAGGUCGCGACUGAAGAAGCAUAG